UGCAGAGACUACCACCAUAGGACCAUUAGAAUAUAAAAUCAAAAAGGUGUCACGAAUGGUGGGUUUACACCUAGUAGCCUUUAUAAGCAGCUGAAUUUAUAGAGCGUUUAUUCAUUCGUCGAUCAGUCUCUGAAAAGUUAACAUCAAAGAUGAAAUUGUAUUUAGCUAUUGUUCUUGUGAUUGUGGCUGUAGCAGUAGCUAGCAAGGAGGAAGAAGAUUUGUGGAAAUCCUACAAGAAAAAAUUCAAUAAAAAUCAUUCGUCGAAGGAGGAUGUCAACAGAAAACGGAAUUUUAUUAAAAGACAGAAAGUUAUUGAAGCUCACAACCGUGACAACAAAGAAUGGGAAAUGGGACACAACAAAUUCUCUGAUAUGACGGAAGAAGAAACCAAUGUUCUUCGAGGAACCAAAAUGGUGAAACGUCGUGUAAAAUCGGCGAGUGAGCCUAUCUACCCUGUUAAUGAACGUGCCCUUCCAACAUAUAUUGAUUACCGAAGCAAUAGAUGCCUCCAACCUGUGGAAGAUCAAGGUGAGUGUGGAAGUUGUUGGGCUUUUGCAGCCAUCACGGCUCUCGAAUUUAACCAUUGCAAGAAAACCGGCGCCCGUGGUCCACUAAGCGAGCAAAUGUUGGUCGACUGUGACACCUACAACUUUGGCUGUAACGGUGGAGAUUUCACGCAAGCUUGGCAAUAUCUCGAGAAUUACGGCGGAGCCGUGAAUGGCACAUCGUACCCAUACGUUUCGGGAACUACCCAAACAAAUGGCACAUGCAAAUCAGGAAGCAAUGCUGUUGCCGCUCGAGUAGGAUAUUACAAUUGGGUAAUACCUUACCCCAAUGCCACCCUUAUCAUGAGCUACCUGCAAAUGGAAGGACCUCUUCCAAGUGCCAUUAAAGUUCUCGACUCCUUUUUUUACUACACAUCGGGAGUCUACAGUGAUCCUGCGUGCAUUGUUUCUGAUGAAUAUGACGUCAAUCACGCCGUAGUUAUUGUCGGUUAUGGUACCGUACCGUCCACGACCACCUCGCCUGCUAUUCCUUACUGGAUUGUUCGCAAUUCCUGGAGUACUGGUUGGGGUAAUGGAGGUUAUUUUUUCAUCAGGCGAGGAGUCAACAUGUGCAACAUUGAGUCUUGGACUGCUUUCGUCAGAGCUGCUUAAAGCAUUGAUUAUUUUUCCUUAGAUACAUCAUUUCUGGUUUUCUGUGUUGCUUUUUACGUAGUACUACUAGACGGUUUCUGGCAUUUCAUUCUAAUCAUAACUUUCUAUUUAUUUCUAACUUAUUUUCUGUAUUUAUGUGCCGAAAAUUAUACAGUUAACUGCUUGAAAA